GCGCAGGAAGAAGGAGCAAAUGCCACAGUGAAAAACAACAACAAGGACCAGCAGAGGAACCCAGAGAGCUGCAUCCAGCUAGCCUACACAGCUAACUGCAUUUUCUGAACUGUCCGGGAGCUACCCCUGUUGCCGCUAUUUCUGCCACGGCUUUACAUGUAGAUGGUGCCGAGUCCAUGAACUUGGCCAGUCAGAGCGGGGAAGCUGGCUGUAGCCAGCUUCUCUUUGCUAACUUCAACCAGGACAACACGUCCCUGGCUGUUGGCACCAAAUCAGGCUACAAGUUUUUCUCCCUGUCGUCUGUGGACAAGUUGGAGCAGAUAUAUGAAUGUAUGGACACAGAGGAUGUGUGCAUCGUGGAGCGCCUGUUCUCCAGCAGCCUGGUGGCCAUCGUCAGUCUGAAGGCGCCCAGGAAGCUCAAGGUCUGCCACUUCAAGAAGGGAACAGAGAUCUGCAACUACAGCUACUCCAACACCAUCUUAGCAGUCAAACUCAACAGACAGAGGCUGAUAGUAUGUUUGGAGGAGUCUCUGUACAUCCACAACAUCCGAGACAUGAAGGUCCUGCACACUAUCAGAGAGACGCCACCAAACCCCUCAGGUCUGUGUGCUCUGUCUAUCAGUAAUGAUAACUGUUACUUGGCAUACCCAGGCAGUGCUACGAUAGGAGAGGUCCAAGUGUUUGACACUGUCAAUCUGAGAGCGGCCAACAUGAUCCCUGCCCACGACAGUCCUUUAGCAGCACUAGCAUUUGAUGCUAGUGGAACCAAACUGGCCACAGCCUCGGAGAAGGGCACAGUCAUCCGUGUGUUCUCUAUCCCAGAGGGACAGAAGCUGUUCGAGUUUCGUCGAGGAGUCAAGAGGUGUGUGAGUAUCUGCUCGCUGGCGUUCAGCAUGGAGAGCUUGUACCUGUCAGCCUCCAGCAACACAGAGACGGUCCACAUCUUCAAACUGGAGACGCAGAAGGAGAACAGGCCGGCGGAGGAGCCCACCACAUGGGGGGGGUACCUGGGGAAAGUACUGAUGGCAUCCACCACCUACCUGCCCACCCAGGUCACGGAGAUGUUCACCCAGGGGCGAGCCUUCGCCACUGUCAGACUUCCCUUCUCUGGACACAAGAACAUCUGUGCCCUGGCAGUGAUCCAGAAGGUUCCACGCCUGCUGGUGGCAGCUGCUGAUGGAUACCUGUACCUGUACAACCUGGACCCUCAAGAGGGAGGGGAGUGCACACUCAUGAAACAGCACAGACUAGACGGCAGCACUGAAGCACCCAAUGAGAUCCUGGAGCAGGGGUCACAUGACCGCCCGCUAGUGGCUCAGACCUACAGCAAUGCUGUAACUAAAGGUUACUGUGAGGAGCAGGGAGCAGUGGGAGGGGCGGGGCUAGAUGACGACCUCAACGACCUGCGAUUGGACGAGGAGAACGAGCAGCCGCCACUAAUCCUGGAGACCGACUGAUGGACGGCCUCAGCAUCCAAUCAGAGGGCUCCUCUGGUGCUGCUAUAAACAUGUGACACAAAGGGGGUGGGGGGGUUAAAGAUGGGGCAUUCUAGAGUCUGUCUGUCUGUGCGUAUACACUUCUCUCUCUCUCCACCCCCCUCUCUCCCUGCUCUCCCGCUCGCCCCAUCCCACCUGUGCAGGUGUGUCUGUAGCUUUGCAUGUCCAUGUGCCAACAGUAGACCGCUAGAACACAUGCCCCAUGAAAACGCUCUGCAGCGUGCGUGUGUGUGUGUCUGUGAGUUGGACCUCACGUCGGAAGCACAGUGCUGUGUUCACUUAACACUUAAAGACACACACACACACGUGCAAACAUGCGACACACACUGUUUCAUGAAAGUGAUGUAAGUGCCUCUCUGCUCAUCGUCAUAGUUACAUCCCCUCCUUCCCCUCAUGGCUUCAAUAAAGCAGUUUGUGUUUUUUCA